UCUUGAUGGAUGAAUGAAUAUGUAGAUAGUGCCUAGAGUUCAGUUAGGAAGAUGGUCAGUUUAAUUGUGGUGUCUCAAAUAGUAUGUUAAAAAUUAUUUCGUCCUUUUGUACAACAUGGCACCAACUGUUAUGAGGAAUGUGGGAUCCAAAUGUUCACUUUGUGUUCGCUUAUUCAAGUGGUUUCCAGUUCUCUUCAUCGCCACUAUAGUUGCGUGGUCGUAUUAUGCUUAUGUGAUACAGCUUUGCUUCUAUGCCGUAGAGAAUAUUGCAGAGAAAGUUUUCUACUUACUAAUUUUCCAUUGUGUGUUCGCAAUGUUUGUAUGGGCUUACUGGCAAACAAUAUUUACACAAAUUGGAGUAGUACCUAAGCAAUUUAAAUUAAUGUCUGGAGAUGCUGAAAAAAUUGAAAGAAAUCAAAGUGAAGAUAAUCAAAGGCAGUUGCUAGAAACCUUUGCUAAAGAUCUUCCUGUUUCUUGCCGCACCAUGAAUGGAUCUAUUAGGUACUGUGAAAAAUGUCACAAUAUAAAACCUGAUAGAGCUCAUCAUUGCUCAGUUUGUGGCGUAUGUGUUCUAAAGAUGGACCAUCAUUGCCCAUGGGUCAAUAACUGUGUAUCGUUCACAAACUACAAAUUCUUCAUAUUAUUCCUGGGCUAUGCUCUGUUGUAUUGUCUUUUCAUAUCAGCUACUACCCUCCAAUAUUUCAUAAGUUUCUGGACUAAUAACCUUGAAGGUUCAGGACGUUUUCACAUACUUUUCCUGUUUUUUGUCUCAGUGAUGUUUGCUGUCAGUUUAAUAUCACUUUUUGGAUAUCAUUGUUAUCUUGUGUCUGUUAAUCGAUCUACACUAGAAUCUUUUCGACCACCAAUAUUUCGAACUGGUCCAGAAAAAGAUGGCUUUAGUUUGGGAAGGCAAGCUAAUUUUCGAGAAAUAUUUGGUGAAGAUGCAGGAAAGUGGUUUUUACCACUUCAUUCCAGUUUAGGCAAUGGUGUCGAGUUUCCUACUCGAAUGCAAGCAGGCAGCUCCUAUAAUUCCAUGGGCAACACUAAUCAAACCAGUCAAGAUGCAUAACUGACCAGCAUGACACUCCUGUUGAAGAAAAAAGAAGCAUCUUAACUUGAGAAUAUCACUUUGUACUUAAUUGCUCAAAAGGUUAAAUGUUAGUUUCUAGGUAAAGGAUUUUUUCAACGAAUGCAUUGCAAAAAAAAAAAAUGUUAAAAAUAAAUAACAUUGUAAAAACAUUUUGCUCUUAUCAUUUAAAUAUGUACUUAUGUAUUGAUUUUAUCUUUAAUCCUUUUUAAAAGAAAUAUUUUGCAAAAUUUGAUCACAUAUGUUUUGAUUAGAUAUAUAUGUCAUUAAAAUAAAAUGAAACCUGGCUAUCAAUAUGCAAGCUACAUCUCUGUGUGUAUAUGUUAAACAAAUGGAAGUAACUAUGAUGUUUGAAAAAAAAAAAAAAACCAUCCCUUCUAAUGGUUUGAUAUCUGUAUUUUCGAAAGUUGUAAGAAAUUUGUUUCCCACAUUUGCAAUACCUAAUUUGUUUAACUUUAUAAAAAAUUCUCAAGUAAAAUAUUUUUCAAAAAUCGUACGUUAUUCUUGACUAUUUACUAUAAAUUCGUACAAUUUUAAAAUGGCAUCAAAAGUAUUUUCCUUGAGAAUUCACUAAGUUUUCAAGCCUAUUUUUUUUCUCCAUAAAGGGAUUCAUUAUCAGUUAUUAUAAAAUUUCUGUAACGAAAAGGGGUUCCGAUACAACAAUCUAUUUUAGGAUAUUGCUAUAAAAGGAUACUUCAAAGAUAAGCAUUUAAUUGACAACUAAAUCUUUUAAAACAUUUACUGCUGAGUUAAUUUAAUUUUUCCACUGGAAAAAUGGCUAAUAUUAUCACAACAAUGAGUAUUAAGAACUGAUUUGUGUCAUAGUAAAGGUGUGUGUGUGUGUGUGUGUUUUUUUUUUAAUAACAU